AUGUCUGCCAAAGCUGUCGUACUUUUCUGCGCCCAAGCUCUCUUGGUCCAGACUAUCUCCGCCUUCUGCACCGGAGGCCUGGGUUACGAAGCGCCUUUGAUGGCCGCUGCUCCCUUCGGCGCCGGUCCCUUGGCUGGUUAUGGAGCCGGAUGCGGAUGCGGUCUGGCCGCUGUCCCAACAUCCAGCGGUGGUGGAUUCCCCACCUCCAGUGCUUCUCCUAUUCCACCCGUCGGUUUGUCCGUUCUGUCUGAGAACGAGAUCGGAGGCAUCUUAGCCGUCGGCGGUGAGCUUCCAUUCCUGGGUACCGUCGGUCUGGAGGGUGCGCUGCCUACCGCCGGCGCUGGUGCCGUCUCCUACGGCUGCGGCAAUGGUGCCGUGGGCAUGGUAAGCGAAGACAUCGCUGCUCCCGCUUGGGGCUAUCCCGCUGCCGCUGGUUUUGGCUACGGACCCGGUCUCGCUGCCGGAAUCGGCUAUGGUCCCGCUAUCGCUGGACGUGCCUUCGGUGGAUGUGGUUGCGGAAUCUACUAA